CUCCCCGCCGCUCCGGCGGCUCACCUGGGCUCGUCCGGGGCCCCCGCGGGCAGGGCGGACCGCCCGACGCCUCUUUAAAAAGCCCGGCCAGCCUGGAGAGCCAGCUCUCUCCGGUGCGAACCUGUAGCUACGUCCCUGGACCCUGGGGAGCCCACUCCGGUGCGCCCAGCCCCGCCUGGCUGGGACCCGGGCGUCCCGCGCGCGGCUCCGUCCGAGGGGUCCCCGCCUGCCCCGCGCCACGCCAGCUUCUCCGUCCUGUUCGUCCCCUCCCCGAGGGGCUGCGGGACCCGGGGGACAAUAAAGGGGCGGCCAGCAACCUCCUUCCCGCUUGGAGCCCACCUGCCUUGCAGAAGCCCGCUGACUGGCCUUGCGUCUCAGCAGGAUGGACCCGUGGACGUUCCUCCUGAUCCUGCAAGGCGCCCUCCUGCUGCCCGGCGCCGACGGUGCCACCCCCACGCUGCGUUUUGUGGCCGUGGGUGACUGGGGAGGCGUCCCCAAUGCCCCGUUCCACACGGCCCGGGAGAUGGCCAAUGCCAAACAAAUGGGCAAGGUCGUGCAGAUGCUGGGCGCCCACUUCGUCCUGUCCCUGGGCGACAACUUCUACUUCAACGGCGUGCAGAGUGUCAAUGACAGAAGGUUCCAGGAAACCUUCGAGGACGUGUUCAACGACCGCUCACUCCAGAAAGUGCCCUGGUACGUGCUGGCCGGGAACCAUGACCACCUUGGCAACGUCUCGGCCCAGAUCGCCUACUCCAAAGUCUCCAAGCGCUGGAACUUUCCUGGUCUCUUCUACCGGCUACACUUCCGAAUCCCUCGCACCAACGUGUCCGUGGCCAUCUUCAUGCUGGACACAGUGACGCUGUGUGGCAAUUCGCACGACUUCCUCAGCCAGCAGCCCGAGCGGCCCCGGGACCUGGGCCUGGCCCGCACGCAGCUGGCCUGGCUCAAGCGACACCUAAUGGACGCCAAGGAGGACUACGUGCUGGUGGCCGGCCACUACCCGGUGUGGUCCAUCGCGGAGCACGGCUCGACCCACUGCUUAGUGAAGAAGCUGCAGCCACUGCUGGUCAAGUACAAGGUUACAGCCUACCUGUGUGGCCAUGACCACAACCUGCAGUACCUGCAGGAUGAGAGCGGCGUGGGCUACGUGCUGAGCGGGGCAGGCAACUUCAUGGAUCCGUCUACGCAGCACCAGCACAGCGUCCCCAAUGGCUACCUCCGCUUCCACUACGGGGCCGAGAGCUCGCUGGGCGGCUUCGUCUACGUGGAGAUCACCCCCAAAGACAUGACCCUCACCUACAUGGAGGCGUCGGGCAAGUCCCUCUUCAAGACCAAGCUGCCGAGGCGGGCCAAGGCCUGAGGGUCCUGGUGGAGAGGGGGCAGUUGGGGCGGCCGGG